AUGGAUGAUUUUGACGUUGCAAAACGAAGAUGUUUAGCUGCGGAAGACACUUCAAAUGUCGAAACUGAAGACGAUAUGGGCUAUCCUCGACAACGAAAAAGGAAACCAUGCUUCAAAUAUGAAGAAGAGAAUUCCGAGAAUAACAAACGCAAUCAUCACUCGUCUCAAUCCAAGAAGAAGUGUUCGCCAUCUUCAUAUGAGAAUACACCUUCAAAAGAAAUAAGUCCUCCGCAAAUACCAUAUUAUUCUGGUAUAUUAAGUGAAUCUAAUAGAACAGUCCUACAAAAGCCGUCUCCAGUGAAGACUACACUUCACAAUACACCUUCAACGCCAUCAGUAUUUCCUCAUGAAGCUAAUAGAACAGUCCUACAAAAGCCGUCUCCAGUGAAGACUACACUUCACAAUACACCGUUGACGCCAUCAGUAUUUCUUCAUGAAGGUAACAUGUUGCAGGCCAUAUACAUGUGGGGAUUAUCAUAG